UUGCCCGGAGUGAUAUGUGCAACAGUCGGUGUUUAUGUUGAUGAGAUGAUUGGCCUUAGCAAUCCAAAACAUGAUGGAUUUUUUACUGCAGAAUUUCGCCAUUUUGAUCAUAAAGGACCUUGUUAGAAUUAUUUGAUGUGUGAUGAGGAUGCUGUCCCAAGAAUUCAUGGAUAACUAAAUGACGUCAAUUCGCCUGUACAGUCACUUACCACCAGCUGGUAAAAUGCCAGGACUGAGUCGUACAAGUGAUUACCAUGGGUACCCACCAAGUGGAAAAGGCUCAAGCUACCAGACUUCGACCACUGUGCAAAGGUCCAGUAGAGCAUCCAGUGUUCCAAGAAGUCCUGCUUCUUAUGGCAGUACUACUACUAGGUCAAGACCUUCCCUUUUUACUAGUACUACUACUAACCAUAGGCCAACGUCGCGGACCAAUAUCACAACAAAUUUAAGGUCAUUACCGCCGGGACCCGGGCCUUUGGACUCAUCAGGAAGAAAGUUGAGUAACUUCACUGUGAAUGGACCUUCGACUCGUGACUUUAAGACCCGUUCAACAAAUAGUUCCUCAAGUAUUGGUGGAAGCAGACCUUUGAAAGUUGACCAUAGCAGCACAUCAUAUUCUAGUGGGUAUGAGUUUGGAUCUUCUACAACAUCAACCCUACCAAGGGAACGUCCUUCUAGUGGGCUGAGAGGUCGAAGAUCAUCAAGUAUUGCUAGCCUUAGUGAGAAAGCUUCUUCACUCCGAAUGGAUGAUGAACUUAGUUCAUGCACUCCAAGGUCAAGGAUAUCGGACACACAAGAUUUGUCGUCUUCACGUACUUCAAAGCGUGACCAAUAUGAAUCGGAAAGAGAUACUCGGGAAUAUAGAAGGAACAGUCGUACUACUAGUAUUGAACCGAAAGACACAAGUAGUUCUUCAGACUUUUUCACCAAGAAUUUUUCAUCUUCAAAUUCAAGAUUAAGUAGUCCCUCCCAUGAAAAGGAGUCAAGUCUUCCGCCAACAGGACGGAAAUAUGAAAAUGGUUUAGAUACGUUGUCAAAAGCAGGACGCAGCUCUUCCAACUCAUAUACCUCUUCUGUGAAUAGUAGCAGAUACCUAAAUGCAGGGAAGACUGGUCUCCGGAAUCUUGGAAACACGUGUUUUAUGAACUCAGUGCUACAGUGCCUUAGUAACACCAAGCCUCUGAUUGAGUUCUGCCUGAAUGAGGAUUACUUGUCGGAGAGAAAUACAACAACCAGCUCAAUGAAGGGACAGCUGAUGACAGCCUAUGCAAAUUUAAUGACCUCAAUGUGGAAAGACAAUGAUGCUUCACAUAUAUCGCCGAGUGCUUUCAAGAUGCAGGUCCAAAAGUUUGCUCCAAGGUUCACAGGUUAUGCACAACAAGAUGCCCAGGAAUUUUUACGUUACCUGCUGGAGGGUCUACAUGAGGAUGUUAACAAAGUGCGCUCCAAACCCAAACCUGUCACUAUCAAGGAUGAGGACUUUACAAAUGACAGUGAAAAAGCGGAGGAGUACUACAGAGUAUACCUGUCUUAUGAUAACAGUCGAAUAGUGGAAAUAUUUGUUGGACAGUUGAAAAGUGAGUUGAGAUUCAAAGAUUGUGGUCACAAGUCAACAACAUUUGAUCCAUUCUGGGAUUUAUCAGUUCCAAUACCAAAGCGAGGGUCCCAGGUCAGUAUACAGCAAUGUAUCAACCUGUUUAUGAAGGAAGAGGAGCUUGAUCAUGAUGAACGACCUACGUGUGAGCAGUGUAAGAAGAGGAAGGCCUGUACAAAGAGUUUUAGUAUACAGAGAUUUCCUCAGAUCCUCGUCCUACAUUUGAAACGUUUCAGUCAGGGCCGAUACAGCCAGAAAGUGUCGUCAUGUGUUGAUUUCCCAAGUACGCUAGAUAUGUCAGACUAUGCUUCUGAAAAAGGUGCAUCACGAGUUAUAUACAAUUUGUAUGCUGUCAGCAAUCAUAUAGGAAGUGUCUACUCCGGCCAUUAUACAGCCUACUGUAAACAUCCCUAUUCCAACGAGUGGAACUCCUUUAACGAUACUAGAGCCACUUCAACAAGUUCUAGUAGUGUGAUAUCCCCUGAAGCCUAUGUUUUGUUUUACGAAUUGUCAAGCCAAAGGUCUGCACGCCUAUAACAUCUUUCACCAGAAAAACUCAUCUAAUGCUAUUGUGAUUGGACUGUGAGAGUCUCUAACUUAAUGAAUGAUAACACUGUCAGGAAUUUUUAUAUUUACUCACUCACACUUGGAUAGAAGUAUGAGCUGAGUGAUCAUCCAUAACAAAUUUGGUUUCACAUAAUUAAUUUUUUUUUUUUUGGAAAGAACAAUUGUGAAGUGAAUAUUGUUCUAUAAUAAAUUGAAGAUUAAAGUUGGUAGGUAUCAUAUUACAUUUAUUCAUGCGAAUAUUUAUGGAUGAUGUGCUUCAUCACCAAUGAAGUUUAUUAUAAGAAAUAGAUGAAAUGAAAAUUAUAUGACCACAAAUGUCCAAAGAAUUAUAACAAUUCAAAUUAAUUUCAUUUCCUAUUUUUUCACUUCAUUAUGGCAAAAAUAUAUAGAUAGCUGAGAAUUAAAAAGGAUAAAAUUUGAACAGGAAUUCGUUCUUUUGACAAAAGAAAUGUAAAGGUAAAUACAUCCAAUGCUUACCAAUUUAUACAUAAUCCUGGGUUCUGUACUGUCAAAUAAUUAAUUUUCGUGGGAGAUUAAUUUCUCAUUGCUUCCAUGGGUAAUUUAAUUUUUUUAACUUACAUAUCUUUGAACUGUUGAAAUAAGUAUACACUUGAAAAAAGUGUCUACAAUUUUUUUUUUUUUUGAAAAACCACGAAAAUUAGGCCCCGUGAAAAUUUUGAUUUUACAGCAGAUUAUUAAUAGGGCAGGUGAUCCUAGUUGUUAAUUGUGUGGUGCAGGGUUCACCAGUAGUUAAAUGGAAUAGAAAAUGUAUGAUAGGACAGGAGAGAUAUUUAUAGUGUAUAAGGGAAUAAAAUGUGUUAUUUAUUGACCUAUCUAUAUACAUGUGUGGUUAACUAUUUUUAUAACCAUAUAGCAUUUUCUUGGAGUUGAACUUUUACAGUUGCUGUAGUACAACCAAAUUACAACUAUUUUAUAUUGGAUCCUAAAACUUAAUUUCAUUUAAUUUUAGUUAACAGAAAUAUAACAGAUUGGAUAUUGCUAAAAUUAGAACUCUUAUGAAAUGUAACAAAAAUGAAAUUAACUAUGGAAACUGUAUAUAUGGUAAGUAAAAA